AAAAAUCUUAAAGAAUUGCACGUGUCAUUUUCUGUUAAAAAUUGCGGAACAAAUUUUGAAUGGCGCUUUUUUGGAAUGACUAAUCUUGAUGCUAUCCAAUUUACAAAAUGUUUGGCAGUUUACAGAAAUUUGGAAUUAUUACAUAUUCACCGUAGUAGUCUUAAUGACGACAAGUGCAAGCUUAUACUGACAAAUAUAAAUGCUCAUCCGAACUUGAAAAUACUUGAUUUGUCAUAUAACAACAUCGGCCCAAAGGGCUGUCGAGCAAUUGCAAAAUUAAUUAAAGGAUCAAAUGUUUUGGAAAAAAUCGACUUGACAUUCAAUAAGAUUGGAACUGAGGGGGCCAAAGCCAUAGCCAAGGUUUUGUCCGAUAACGACAUUUCAUUAAAAAAGCUUAUUCUUCGUCUUAAUCAAAUUGAGGAUAAUGGCGGAAUUGCCAUUUUUGAAGCUCUAGCAAAGAAUACUUCAUUGGAAGUGUUGGAUAUAUCUUCUAAUUACUUAUCAUUUUCUGUGGCUCAAUCUCUAAGCAAUGCCUUAGAAAAUAACUGCAUAAUAAAACAUGUGAUGUUAGCCAAUAACAAAUUAACUUUGGAUGGGGGAAAGCUGUUGAGAGACAGUCUUGAUAAGAACAAAACACUUUUGUCUUUGGAGGUAGAUGGAUCAGAUUGUGGACAUGAAAUUGAAUAUGCGCUUGAAAAAAUAAUUGACCGAAAUCGUCAAUCUCAAGGAAUAGCUGGAAUCAUCUAA